AUGUUUCAUGUACGACGAAGGCCGGCCGAUUACCAUCCUAGAAAACGAAAAAAGAAACCAACACACAAGUGGAACCAGCAAAACAGCACCAGUGAAAUGUUGGAGUACCGGUACGAAGAUGGAUUGGAUAGAUUGCCGUUCUUUUUAGAGCUCAAUGCUGACGGUAUGGAAAUGGUGAAUCCCAAACGGUACCGAAUUCAUCCCAACGUGACGGAAGUGGGUUGCGAAAGACAGAAUCAACCACCUAGUAAUGCUCAAUGUCUUCAAUUGAACGGUCCCAACAUCCAACCCCGGCAUUGUGUAAUAGCGCACACUGAGGGCAUCGUCACCGUGACACCCUGUAGUAGGGACGCAGAGACGUAUGUCGGCGGGCAACGGAUAUUCGAAACUACUAUACUACAGAACGGGUCAAUUGUGAAAUUCGGACGACUGAACAAUCUUAGGUUUUUAGACCCGUGUUAUGACGAACGGCCGCGGCCUCGUAACAAUUCGCUGAGAAACGUUCAAGACUACUACGACAGUGGGUCGGUAGACAACACCCAGCACUCAACUGUUAUGCAACAAAACUUUGAGACAACUUUUGACGUGGACGGUAAUAUUGAAACACGUUCCACUUCUAGCCAAGGGAAUAAGGACGAUACUAGAUCACAGAGAUCUAUCACGAGCAGCCGCGAUGGCAAUCGAUUGUCCGCCGUGUACGGCCGCACCAGCACUGCCCCGGUAGCAGACAACAUUUUACCCUGCGUCCUGGAAGUGCGGGAAGAGACUGAAGAAGCGUGGAUCCACGCGGUCACCGUGGACGUUGAUCCGUCGACGUUGACGUUCAAGCACGCUCCUGCUUAUUGUCUAUACCUAUUAGCUAGGUAUAGGGCGUCGACUUCGUACCGACCUGACGUCACACCAAUGGAACGAGCUAAUCGUUUAUCAUUGACUUUCGCUAAAGUCGCUACUAUACUCUAUACUAUGAUACAGGGAAAACAAAAUGAUUUGACUUUACUGUCAUUUUGGCUCGCAAUUGUCACUGAAUUACGACAAUUUUUACACAGCGAUCGCCAUUUGUCCAAUUUUUUGACAGAGACCAUUGAAAUGCUCCACGACACCCAGCAAGCGGCCAUGCGAUUUAUCGUUGAGUGUAUACUGGAAGAACUGAUGUCAGUGUUGCCCGACAUUUUUGCAGAUAACACGGACGCCGAUAAUGAACAUUUACCCGCUAAUUCGAUCGUCAGUAAGCUUGGUACGAUGAUGACCACACUUCGCGAAGGCCGCGUUAAUGCGUCUCUGACCAUCCAAAUCUACAACCAAGUAUUUAGGUUCAUCAACGCUUGGGCGUUUAACCGCCUGAUCACCGCCGACACGAGUUAUUACACGCGCGCAUGGGGAGCGCGUUUGAAGUCUCGAAUAGGACGUCUGCAGGCGUGGGCCGAAAGACAGGGUUUAGAAGUUUCCGCCGACUGUCAGUUGGCGUUGAUUUCUCAAGCUGCGGAUUUGCUACACGCGCCAAAAUACACUGGCGAAGAUUUGGCAAGCAUCACUUCCACGUGUUUCAAGCUUAAUUCCCUCCAGCUCAAAGCCCUAUUGGUUAAAUACCAACCAGCACCUGACGAACCAAGACUGCCUCAUGAACUCAUCGACAAUGUUGUUCGGGUUGCCGAAAACCUGGCCGAUGAACUAGCCCGAUCAGAUGGCCGUGAGAUAAGACUGGAGGAAGAAGACGAACUCAUGAUCACGUUUGUACAGCCCGAAGAAGGAUUCAGCUACGAGGUGGCUAGAGGUGUCCCCCCGGGUCUCAUCGAAUUUAUUCAACCUCUCCAGCAAGCUGGUAUGUGUCGCCUGACACUUCACUCAAACGCGUCUGGACUGUGGACCGUCUACUUUUUACCAAACGCCCGAAGUCCUAGUGCGUUAAGUAAUAGGAGUGGUGGUUAUGCCAUGCAAGCACCUGAACCGGACGUACAAACAAUACGGUUGCACAAGUCAAACAAUGGAAUGGGCUUGAGCAUUGUGGCUGCAAAGGGCGCUGGUCAAGAACGAUUAGGAAUUUACAUAAAAUCCGUAGUGAAAGGAGGUGCUGCGGACGCGGACGGAAGACUUCAGGCGGGCGAUCAACUGUUAAAAGUUGACGGACAAAGUCUUGUCGGCAUCACUCAAGAAAAGGCUGCGGAAUAUUUGGUACGUACAGGACCGGUAGUGUCAUUAGAAGUAGCCAAACAAGGUGCUAUACACCAUGGUCUGGCUACAUUGCUUUCUCAGCCGUCUCCCGUCAUGACUAGAGAUUCCGUCCGUAGGGUAAGGCCAAUAUCUGAUUAUCAGCCCCGUGUGAAAGCGAAUAUUCCGCAAGGCAGUUUAUCGAUGCAUGACAUACACGAAUGUAGCGACGAAGAGGUGAUAACUACUUGGAUGACGGACAUACUAUCUUUAUCAGGUCCUCGUCGUAUGAGCGAACGGGACUUACCGUCUCGGGUGUUGAGCGAACAACAAAACAUCAACUCCAGAGGUCCACCACCUCACCAUCUGUCACAAAUUCAAAGUUCGAAAUCCGUCCCUUCUCUCCACAGCGUUGAAGGGGCUAGCACAGCCAUACCUCCUGUAGUCGGUAGACCACCAACUCAACACGAAGUAUUUAAUCCUGGAUACAAUCGCACUUCAACCACAUAUAAUCUUCAUCAACAAAACACACUUAGAUCUCGGUCUAGCCAAAAUCUAAAUGAUCCUCGUCCACACUCCCAAAUGGCUAUUCGUCAACCAUCUAAUCCAAAUCUCUUAAAUGGAAACUAUCAUCCAGAAAGAUCACCAUCUGUACAUCCAAGUGUAUAUCAACCCCAACAACAUCCUGCAUAUCAACAGCAUGUACAGCAACAGCUAUUGAUGCAACAACAAUAUAAUAGUCCUACUCCAGAAGCGACUAGUGAACGCUUUUAUCAAAACGUUAACCAAAUAUACAGAAAUCAAGACCAAAAUGGAUAUGGUCCAUCUGGAAAAUUGCCAAGUCCUCCCGACGAAAGAACUCCAAAUCAAUUGCAAAAGAGUUUCAGAGGAUCACAAUCAUCGUUGCAAAGCAGACAAAGCUCAGAUGCGACACAACAUCUGAAAGACAGGCCCACGUCGGCUUAUAUAUCUAAUAAGGAUACUUACAAUUUACAGAACCAAGGAAUGACAAUGCGUUCUCAAUCAUCACGGGAUAUGUUAAGACAGGAUGCAAAAUUGCAAGAGAUGACAGAAGAAGUUCGUAGACGUGAAAUGAGAUCUAGUGGAGUUAUGUCUCCUCACCAAUAUGCUACACAACAGAGACCACCACCUAAUCGUGCUCAGCCAUAUCACGGUUACCAGGAAGCCAAGCCUACCCCAUAUCUUGGAGAUCAAAUAAAACCACAACAAGAUAUGGUUCGUUCUCAACAAUUUAAUCAGCCAAUGAGAGCUACAAUUCCUGAGCCCAUACCACCCGCCUACAGAGAAUCACCACCACCGCCUCCUCCACCACCAACCUCAACUCACCCAUUGUACCAGACAAGUCCACCACGCAAUGAGCCUAACCGAUAUAUGGCCAGUGGUGGUGAACCACCUAGAGGUGGUUUCUAUCAGACGCCUACAGAGCCGUCUAAACAAUACCCAUUUCAGGGAACUAAUCCGUGGCAAAGAGAAGAAAAAGAAAAAGAAGCAGAACGUAGGAGAGAAGCUGCUAGAAUGUGGCGUGAUCAACAAAUGAGCGAACUUGUAGCACUUGGACCAAACAGAACUGUUAGCCAAGAAGAACAAUUGCGAGCUCUAAGGUUAGAGAAGGAAUUUGAGCGUAGGGCUCAAGAAGAGGGAGAAGAUGACGAUGACGAUGAUCAAGAGGCAAAUGAAAGAGUUCAACAGUUGAUGCGAAGUGCCCAACAACAAAGUGAUAGGAGACCACCCGCAAAUACAGUUCGGACUCCAAACAAUAAUUUUAAUUACAUGAAUGGUUCGCAAAGAGGUCCACAACCUGUACCAUCUAAUGGAAUUAAUGAUGAAAAAGAACGGUUAAGAAGACUAAAAGAAAUGAAAACAAAACAAGUGGAAAUGGAAGCUAUGAGGGAAGCAGAAUUAAAACUUAAAAAAAAGGAGGAGGAACUCAAGUAUCAACAACAACAGCAACAGCUAUUAAAUCAAUCAUAUAAUAACAAUACGCCUCAUAGACUUAACCGCUCUGUGAAUCCACCCAACAACUUAUCAUUGGAUAAUUCUGGUUAUGGUUAUAGCUUGGCUUCACAAGGAAGCUUACCAUCUCAACGAUUGGACAAUUUGCUGGGUGGUCCUAACAACAAUGACCCUCCACAGCCCCCUGAACGUGGCUCUUCAUAUGCUAUCAUGAGUCAAGUGGAUACUAAAGCAACUACACCUAGACCUCCAGUUCUCACAUCAACACCAAUUGGAGUAAUAACUACACCAAAUGCAAACACCACACCUAAACGUGUAUCAUUCCAAGAUCCUACAUCAAUGCCGCCCUCACCACCAUCGCCAACGUUGGAAAAAAUUAUGGAAGACCCUGAUAACUUCAUUGAUCAGGCCGAAACAAUGUUAGCAUCACCACGAAGUCCAGACAUUCAGUUUACCAGUGGUAAUACACCAGGUGUGAUUGGAUCACAAGAAGUAUACAGGGAUCCAAGACAGCGUUUACUAGCUGAGCAACAAAAACAACAAAUGUCUAAUAAAGCAGGUAGUACGGUGCCAGAAAAAUUAAGUUUUAAAGAGAAAAUGAAAAUGUUUGCCAUGGAAACUGGUGAAGACGGUACGCCUAAAGAUAAAGUAAAAAUAUCUAAAGCUCAACGAGAGAUUGAUAACCUAGGAGCAUCAAGUACACCUUUGACUAACUAA